UUCCUCCGUCGGCCUCGCUGCCUCUGUCACUUCCUGUAGCGGCCGGGAGCCCAGCCCAGUCCGGGUCCUGCGUCCCUCCCUCCAGCCAGCGCUUGCACCGCCCUGGGCAGCGCGCAAGGGAGAGGCUGCUGCGUUCCUCCCCAGCCGUCAUGUCAUUCCGGAAGGUCGUGCGCCAGAGCAAAUUCCGCCAUGUCUUUGGGCAGCCCGUCAAGAACGACCAGUGCUACGAUGACAUCCGGGUGUCGCGGGUCACUUGGGACAGCACCUUUUGUGCUGUCAACCCCAAGUUUGUGGCUGUGAUUAUAGAGGCCAGUGGAGGAGGGGCCUUCAUGGUGCUCCCGCUACAGAAGACUGGGCGCAUUGAUAAGUCCUAUCCUACAGUAUGUGGGCACACGGGACCAGUUUUGGACAUCGACUGGUGUCCACACAAUGAUCAGAUUAUUGCCAGUGGCUCUGAGGAUUGCACUAUUAUGGUAUGGCAGAUCCCAGAGAAUGGACUGGCAAUGCCCCUGACUGAGCCAGUGGUUGUCCUAGAAGGGCACUCAAAGCGUGUGGGUAUCAUCACUUGGCAUCCGACUGCCCGCAACGUCCUUCUUAGUGCAGGCUGUGAUAAUGUCGUCAUCGUGUGGAAUGUGGGCACAACUGAAGAGCUUUACCGCCUCGACGACCUGCAUCCUGACCUCAUUUAUAAUGUCAGCUGGAACCGUGACGGCAGCCUCUUCUGCUCUAGCUGCAAGGACAAGAGUGUGCGCGUCAUUGACCCUCGUCGUGGGCAGGUUGUAGCGGAGAGGGAGAAAGCCCACGAGGGGGCACGUCCAAUGCGGGCCAUUUUUUUGUCCGACGGGAAGAUCUUCACUACAGGCUUCAGUCGCAUGAGUGAGCGGCAGCUGGCACUCUGGGACCCAGAGAACCUGGAGGAGCCCAUGGCAUUGCAGGAGCUGGACUCGAGCAAUGGGGCCCUUCUGCCUUUCUAUGACCCUGACACCAACGUGAUCUACGUCUGUGGCAAGGGAGACUCGAGCAUCCGAUACUUUGAGAUCACAGCAGAAGCACCCUACAUCCACUUCCUGAACACGUUCACUAGCAAAGAGCCUCAGCGCGGCAUGGGAUGGAUGCCCAAGCGGGCUCUGGAUGUCAACAAGUGUGAGAUUGCCAGGUUUUACAAACUCCAUGAGCGCAAGUGUGAACCCAUUAUCAUGACAGUGCCAAGGAAGUCAGAUCUGUUCCAAGAUGACCUGUACCCAGACACAGCUGGGCCGGAAGCUGCCAUGGAAGCCGAGGAUUGGGUGGCGGGCAAGACGGCAGCGCCUAUCCUGAUCUCGCUGCGCGAAGCCUACGUGCCCACGAAGCAGCGGGACUUCAAGGUCAACCGAAGGAGCUUGUUGCCCGAGAGCCGCCCUGCCGCUGCCCCCAGCUCCGGGCUGAGUGCCACACACCCCAGUGCCAUGUCUCCGUCUGCUGCCACGCCUGCCACUGGCGUCAGCGCUGCCAGUGGGGAAGGCGGGCAGAUUACCGAAGAGGUGCUGCGUGAGGUGGCAUCGCUGCGGGCACUUGUGGCUGCACAGGGCGAGCGCAUUGCGCGGCUGGAGGAGCAGCUGAGCCGCCUUGAGAACGGCGACAUCUAGGGCCUUUGCCCCACUGAGGAGACCUCACCGACCUGGAUCUUCUUACACGCUUCACCUUUUUUGAGCUGCCAGCAAUCCCUUUACACUGCCUCAUCCCUGCCCGGUGGUGUGAGUCAGGGACUUGCCCUCUCUUGCUGCUACCGAGGAGGUUUCCUGUGUUUCGUCUUGGACCAAAACUCCAAUUAUUUCUACACCCCCUUAUGAUUUCAGGGGCAAUGUGUUGGUCUUCCCACAUCUGCCCCUUUGCCUUACGCUGGUCAGGGCCCCUGCACCCUCCUGUCUCAUUCCCAUGGCUGGGGCUGGCCCGUGUGUCCCCCCUGUCGGGGGAUCGGGACUGGCUGACGGCCCAGUCUGGUAUGCCCAUGCCCUCCACUGGGGAGAAGCCGGGGCUUUCCCUUCCCAAUCUCUCAUGGCAGGUGGGUUUGGUUUGGUUAUUAGAAGCUAGUGCCUCCUAUGAUUCAGUGCUGGGGGUGGCCAUGCCUCUUCCCUCUCCUCCCCCCCCUCCCACUUUCCCUGCUAGGACCACUGAGAUCCUGUUGCGGAGUCUUCUGCUUCAUUGCCUGAACUUAUUUUACUUUUGCAAAGAGACCGUGGAGAUGACCAACGGGGGCCAGACUGUGAAAGAAACCUGCCAUCCAGUCACGGCCCUAAGCCUGUUGUCUCUGGGAACACUCUUCUCUCCAGCCCUCAAAGGCAAAGCAGGUUCUGAUGAAAUAAAGAAGGGCGGGGGAGAGGGGGAGGAACCGGUUCAGGGUCGAUAUCUAUAUUUUCAUUCCAAAUAAAAGUCUUUAUAAAGCCA